UCUUGCCUCCUCCUUCCCCCUUCGCGACCUGUUCGCCGCCGAUUGGCUGAACGGAGAGAGGCCCACGCGAGGGACGCCGGGACGAAGAAGCGCGGCCCUAUGGGAAGGGGAGGCUGGUGCAGGAGCGCCCUGGGAAGUGGAGUUCUUGGCGGCUGGGUUGCCAUGGCUACGAGGGGUAGGGAGAGAAAGUGGGGAUCGCGGUUCGCUCGUCGGGAGGGACGGAGAAGGCGCGCGAGGCGGGCCGGAGGGGGCUGCAGUCGCCAUCCUCCUGCAGGGGACAGCGCAGAAUCCAAGGACAAUCGGAGCACAAACAAUACAGAUAAAAACAGUAUAAACGUUGAUCCUUUAUAACAUUAUUGCAAUCAUCUGACGGUGCAGUCAAGAUCAGGGACUCUGGGACCUUUUGGAACAGCUUAUGGCUUGUCUCUUUUAAGAAAAGAGGGCUGAAAGAAGAUCAUGGUGACAAAGGGAAUGUAUAAACUGGAUAAUGGGCAGUGUUUCCCAACCAACUGCUUUCCAGCUAAAAGCCUUUUGCAGCCCAGAUAUGAAGAAGGAACCGGCCACUGGCAGGUGGCUCAUCACAAUAUGGAGAAGACCAAGAUCGAAUGGCUCUUUGGCACAAGAGCUGCCCGGCUGAACUGGAAGAGGUGUUUGAGGGAAGCCUACAGCCCAAGGGCAGAAAAAGUCCUCAGUGGGGCUCAGCUGAUUAAGCUCCACCAUGUGAAAAAACCUUCUGACUUGUGCUCAGUGAAUAUCAGCCACCAGAAUUUUGCCUUGGCAAAGGAAGAGGACUUUGUGCUAUUUGAUUCUGUAGCUUAUAUCAAUGCCACUGAAAAUCUGUUGACUUUAGAAAUUUUUCGUAAAUUUCCUGGGCUACGGGAGCUGGAGCUUUCUUUGAAUGGUCUGAGAAAUCUUAAAGUCAAUGUUGGGGAUUUUCCACACUUGGAAAUCUUGGAUCUCUCCUACAACAACUUAUCCCCUAACGAUGUGCAGGCUCUGGGAAUUUUACCCCACCUGAAAGUUCUUCAUCUUACAGCCAACGGACUUUCUUCACUUCCCCUUGAUCUGGCUUCCUCGGAGAGUGAGAGCUGUCCGAGGUUCCCAGCAUUGGAGGUCUUGCUCCUGGACGACAACCAUCUUUCUCACUCAGAUGUCUUUGUCAGCCUGGCCAAUCUCCGAAGCCUAAAGCAGUUGAACUUGGACAAAAAUGGAAUUAAAGAAGUGCCAUAUCUCCAUUUCGUGGACAGUGCCCACUUCUCCAUCCAUCCUUUAUCAGCAAAGUCGGGCAUUCAGGCAGGCCUGUGUUGCCGGAAAAACGCAAAGAAAAAGCUGCACCAGGAUCGGUCCCCAAGGCUAAGCCAGCAAUACAGUUACAUCAUUGGACAAAAUGACAGUGAUCCAGACAGGACAGAAGUCAUCUUUCAAGCGAGAUCUUCAGAACUAAUGGCUCAGGAAAGGCCUCCUUCACCUCUUGCUGAUUCCAAGGCCUCCCGUCCCAGCAUCAACACAGAAUUCAUCCUUCCCUUACCAGAGCUGAGGUUUCUUAGUCUGGCCAACAACCAGAUUGAGCACGAGGAAGAUCUGUUGGCCGUGGCGCUCUUCCCCUCCCUGACGGAGCUGACCUUCCAUGGCAACCCCUUCACCACUUCGCGGAGCGGUGACCCACCUCUGCUCACCAGUUUCCUUCAAAACAAACUAGGAAUUAAACUGGUUAGGAAGAAAGUUUCCAAGCUGGAGAAGCCACGCAUUUUUAUACCCAUCAAGGCAAACCGGGAGAUUAAAUCCCAGCUACCAAAGGUCCGAAAGCGCCCUUUGAGGAUAGAAACUGCUCUCGAGACUACUUUCUGGCAGCUGUGGACAGGGGCAGACCUGGAUCCUAAUAAAAGAAUGAGUUUAGAUGAAGCUGGGCCUGUCCCACAAAGCAGAUCCUUUUCUUUUUUCUUUGAUCCUGAGCAACCCAUCCUAUCUACUCUUAAGCGCGAGGAGAGGUCUGCAUCUCUCUCUCUGACCAGUUUAGCAAGUGAAAUUCUUACCCCUAGGUCCUCACAAGAAGGACUGUCUGGAAAUAGUACCCCACACCGAUCUUCAUUAGAUGAGAUCCUGGCUGGUAAUGUUCCUCCAUCCCAAUUCUCCUUGGAACAAAGUCAGUCUGAAGCUCUUUCACCAUGUGGAUCAGCUUCACAAGGGCAGGGUCACUCUGGGUUCACAACGCCAGCUGAGUCAUUUUCAGCAGAUCAAGUUCUGUCUGAGUCUCCUCUCCAGUUAGAGAGCUUGUCAGAAUCCAGCCCUUCCAUGAAAACACCUUUAGCAGAACAAUUGCCACAAGUACAUUUGGAAACUGUUCCACCUGCCAACUCACCUUUGGAAGAACGGGAGCUAUCAGAACUUGUUCUAAUAGUUGGACCAGAAGAACAAGAUAUAUCCAAGACUCUUUUGUCUGCCAGUUCUAUUGGAGAGCAAAGUGAGUCAGCAUCCAUUACACCGCUUAAUUCAUCUUUGCCACAACAGAAACAAUCCAAACCAGUAGUACCAUCUGAAUCUGUUGUUGGAGAAGAGGAUUUGGGUAUGCCACUUUCACCAGUGAGAUCAUUUUCAGUGGAAAAGAAUCUGCAGGAGGCCUUCCCACCAAGUGGAUCAUCCACAGAAGAACAAGAUCAGCAGGAGGCCUUCCCACCAAGUGGAUCAUCCACAGAAGAACAAGAUCAGCAGGAGGUCUUCCCAUCAAGUGGAUCAUCCACAGAAAAACAAGAUCAGCAGGAACCCACACUAUUUUCCUAUUCAGGUGGAGAGGAUUUAUCAGAAUGUGUCUCAUUAAUUGGAUCAUCUGCAAGACACCUCCCAGAGGUUCGCUUGCCAACUAUUUAUUUGGUAGAUGUAGAUGAAGAUCAAGCAGAACCUUCUCUGCUUCCUACCUUAGUGUUUCAAGAUAUGAAUCUCUCAGAUUCUUCAAAGGAACAGGAAGAUCCUGGAUUUCCUCCCCCAAGUUCUUCUCUUGUGGGACAUGGCCAGAAGAAGAGCUUGACAUUGGCUGAAUUGUCCUCAGUGCGAAAGUCUUCACCACUGUUGCUUCCGCCCUCCCGAUCGGAUUCUAGAGAGCUGUACGAAUUGUUUGCCCGGGCCCAAUCCUACGCCUUGCCUCCAGAACCAGAGGAUGGCAUUUCUACGGAGAAGGAGAUGCACACAGAAGAUGUCACUGAUAUGGGGAAGUCGGAACCCAUUUUCAUGACUCAGGUAGAUGAAUCUAUUGGCUCCCAGCUGAGCUCGGAGAAGAAGGCAGAGUCCCCAAGAGUGCCGGAGAAGUUCAAGGGUUACGAAGAGCUGCUGGGAGGAGACCCUGGCUCAGAUUUCGUUGAGCCAAAAGGAAUACAACAAAACGUCCAGGCUUUGGAGAAAGCCCUUCGCUAUCCUCUUGUCCACCGUGAACCGAAGGCCAGGCUGGAUUGCUUCCAGAAGCCUUAUGUGUCUGCCAGAAAGAAGGUCCUGAGAGUCCCUGCGCCAGUGGUUCAAAAGACCAGAAUGGAACGGCUGGAAGAAAUCCUCCUGGAGCUGAGGAAACCUGCAAACAUUGUCCACAUACCCCUAGUAUGCAUCUUGCGGAGGAAAAAGGGGAACUGGCGUGAAUAUCGAGAGGCCUUAGAACUACUGAAAGAAUUUCAAGAAGAGUAUAAAUCUGUAGUGGCCACUUGUAACAUGAUCAGUGAGUCCAGGUCAUUUGGUAAGGAACAGGUUACUGAAGUGAACCACAUCCAGAAGCUCCAAAGUCUUCCUGAGGUCAAGGUGAGGAGAAAGCUAGAAGAGUCCUCUGUCCAGGUCCUUCAAGAGAAUAAUGAUUUUCUUCCAUCCUGUCAGUAAGAGACUUCCCAGCUAUACUGGCGUGCCAUAACCUACCUGUUUUAGAAGACUUUCAAGUGGCACCUGCUCUUGGAGACCCUUUGCUUCAAGGACCUGCAGCUGUUGGAGUGGUGAUAACCCUGACUCCCACUUUCUGAGGAACACAGACUACCUUCUUUUACAGGAUAACUUAGACUGGAAGGCUUGGUUCAGUUCCUCCAGUAUGAAAGCUCACCAGUGCAACAGAAAACACGGAACCUCGAGGUGCAUCUUGAAGGGAACAUUCAAAACCGAAGUCUUGGGUGCCUGGAAGCGGUGUAGCAGUUUUAACAGUCAAAUAAACAGCUGCGUCAGCGAUGGGUCUCUGGUUUGUUAGAAUGACUGCAGUCCAGCCAGUCCUUCUGACCAGCGUUCAGAAGAAUCCAUUGAUGGAGACCAUGUUGAGAAUUAAUCAGCAGCAGUCAGGGCCCUGCAAAAGGUCUCCUGUGGAAGGUGUCAGUGGUAGACUAAGACUACCACAUUUCCGUGUCGUGCUAUAAAACAGUAGCACUUCCCCCACACAAGAUUUUUGCUACGUUUUUCCUUAUUUCAGACUUCCUCUGCCUAUGGAAGAAAGUCAGAAGUUUCCACAGAGCAAAGGUUCACUUAUAAAAAUUUCUUCUACCUUAAUGGUUGUAAUUUUGUUUUCCUGGUGAUUCUUUUAGGCGCUUUCUUAAGUUCUUACUCAAGAAAAUUAGUGUCAUUAAGGUCUUCAUCCUUAAAAUAACUCUGCUGUUAAUACUCUGGUUUUUCUUUCACUAUCCAUGUUUUGAACUUUGGGGAAUUUUUGUCAGAGGGAGUUUUCAGCUCAUUGUUAAUUCACUCAAAGGCUGGGUUACAACAAUACGUGCACUUAAGUGCGAUCUAUUCUUGGCUUUAAUCCUUUGGAAUAACCAUGGUUUAUUUCUAUAAAACCAAUUGAUUUCCUUGCGAUAGCCACCAGGAUGAAAAUUGAGGCUUCUCCCUCAACAACACUUCUUGGUUAACAAAAAUUUUAUACAUCCUUUAAAAGAAACAGGUCUUCGACUUUCAGGAUGGCUUAGAAAUCCUAUGUGCUAGGAAAAGCUAGAGAUAUUUGGGCAUGGAAAGGAGAACAACAACAUAGUUUUAAAUCCCACAAGGUUGAAAGUGUGGCAUAAAGCCAUCAUCAGCCUUCUUUCUUGAUGCUAGCAAAAUGCUGAAGUUUGAUUCUUCUUGGAAAAAUAAGUUUUCCAAAUGUUGCACUGAACUGUGUCCAUAACAGAAGAGAUGUGCU